AAUAAGAAAACUGUUUAAACGAAGAUUUCAAUGAACUGUUGAUAUUACCUUGGCGGCACGUAUGAUAUUGUCUGACAAACUUUGAAGCAUAUAAGGAAGUACCAAUGUAUUACCAUGAUUUUGGACACAUGACAUUGAACGUAAAGAAUGCAUCAAAGUGCCUUAAUAUUACCAUGGUUUUUCAACACACAUAAUGAAAAUGUGUGUGAGCUGCUGAACUCGAUGCAUGUACAGGAAAGUCACAUCAAAGACAUCUGUCAUCGCUUUUUGCGAAAGCUUCUCCACGAAUCGUUCGACCCGUCAGAAGGAAAAACAAUAGAUGAUGUGAGGAUCCAUCACUGGUAUGAAGCUCUACAGGAGACGCAGGGCACCGAUCCUGAUCCGGCUCUGGCCAAUAGCUGCUACGACACAUGGAAGAACACACGAUUACAGGUGCUGACUCUUACUCCUGAGGUUCGAUCCUUCCUGGAGGAACUGCGGAAGAAUUACAAACUGCUUCUGCUCACCAACGGCGAUACUCAGACGCAGUGGGAGAAGAUCGAAGCGGUGAGAUGUGAGGGCCUCUUUAGUUUGGUGGUGGUCGGAGGAGAUCAUCCUGAGCAGAAACCUGCGCUCUCCAUCUUUACUCACUGCUUCGAGUCUGCGGGAGUCCGGCCGAAGGACUGCAUCAUGGUGGGAGAUUCUCUCAGCACAGACAUCCAGGGAGGCAUUAAUGCAAGAGUGCGGGCCACCGUGUGGAUAAACAGUGACUGUAAAUCUCUCCCACAGGACUCUGUGACUCCAGACUACACUGUUCCUAGUGUACUGAAUCUGAACGAUGUUCUACUUGAACUGAGUUGAUGUUUACCUAAACUUGUCCUCUCUUACAGUGGCCACAUAACCAGCCAAAUGACAAUCUGAAUGUUCGACUACUAAAUAUUCUUUCUCCUAAGUGGAUGUCUAAUUUGAUCAAUAGACAAACCACAAAACAUCAUGUAACUGUGAUUAUGCAAAUGCCCUUUUUAAUUCAGUUUUAAGUUUAUUGAACAGGACAUUAGCUAUACAGCUCUGUUCAAGGAACAUUAAACUGUAUUGCAUGUCUCUUACGUUCAUAUUAUAAAUGCAUUAUUAAAAUACCAAAUUACUGGAAUUGCUCAAGCGAAAUGUUACUAGAAAUUUUAAUAUUUGCCAAUACUUUAAAAAUCAUUUAAAUUGUGGAAUGAAUUAAUCAUGGGUGAUGUAUGUCUUUGCGUAUUUUCAUGAUUGCGUGAAAUUAUAUAUAUAUAUAUAUAUAUAUAUAUAUAUAUAAAGCUUGCAUAUUUAAUUUCUUUGGUACCUUAAAAGGUUGGUCAAAAAAACAAAUAAAACUAAAAUUGAGAUGUCAUGUAUUCAUCCCGUUUCUGUUUAUUGAUCUUUAUGUGCAAAGAAAAAAAAAAAAUGUUGGCAUCAAUUGAAAAUUCAUCAUUCACUAAAUAGUAUUUUUAGUAAUUAUGAGCAAGUAAAUUAUGACUCGAGUUCCUAUACAUGUUCUUGACAAGUUUAAACAGUCCACAUGAAUCCUGUGAUUGAUAGAAAACGGUGGCACUGCUCACCAGUCCAUUGUUUAAUGAUACGAAUGAGAUCUAAACACUCAAGAUGAUAUGCUCAGGCACUUGGUUUUCCAUCUAUGCAAAGA